ACCGGUCACUAGAGCUCUCGCGUUCUCAAUUUAAAAUUAUUAUUUUUCUUAAUUGUCUAUUCCAAUUUUUUUUUUCAAAAUGUUUUGGAUACUGAGAUGUUCGUUGAUUUUUUUGAUAGCGGUCAGCAUGGUCAAUUUUAGGGUGUUCACGAGAGCAAUGUCGACGGUGUCCAAGUCGUUCAGCACUCACGGCGUCGUCUCCGAUGUCAUCCCGGUGGCUCCAGGGGCUCUUGCUGCCGUGAAAUACCCCAGCGGAGCGGUCGUGAGCGAAGGCAAUGUGCUCACUCCCACGCAAGUCAAGGACAUCCCGCAAAUCAGCUGGAACGCCAGCCCGGAUAAGUACUACACCGUCGCCAUGACUGACCCCGACGCGCCAUCCCGCGCGGAACCCAAGUUCCGCGAGUGGCACCACUGGCUGGUCGGCAACGUGCCUGGCAGCAAUGUGGCGGCCGGCGAGACGCUGUCCGCGUACGUGGGCUCUGGGCCCCCUCAGGGCACUGGCCUUCAUCGCUACGUGUUCCUGGUAUACCAGCAGCCCGGCAAGCUCAAUUUUGACGAGCCCAGACUACCUAACACAUCCGGUGACAACCGCGGAGGGUUCUCGAUCCAAAAGUUCGCGACCAAGUACGGGCUGGGCGCUCCCAUAGCCGGCAACUUCUACCAGGCCGAGUGGGACGACUACGUCCCUAUCCUGUACAAACAGCUCGGCGCCUAAGACGGACGCUUGGAUCUUAACAUCUCUCAC